UAAAAUUGAUAAAGAUGGCAAGCUGCUGAUGCAUAAUCAACUGAGAGAUUUUGGAAGGGAAAUUGUUCGUCUAGAAAAUCAAAAGGAGCCUCAAGGCCGUAGUAGAUUAUGGAUUUAUGAGGAAGCCAUCAAGGUGCUUGACAACAACAAGGGCACUGGUAAGAUUGAAGCCCUUCGUCUAGACAAAUUUGGUUGUAGAAGAAGCUACGCAGGUGAACUAUUUAAAGAACUGACCCAUUUGAGGUUCCUUCAAGUGAACACUGCAAAUCUUGUUGGAGAUUUCCUGAACUUGCUUCCUCAAUUAAGAUGGCUUCAAUGGGAGGAUUGUCCCUUGAAUUUCACAGCGGCCAACUUUCAUCUGAAGAAAUUAGUUGUGCUGGAUCUGUCGUGGAGUGGGAUUUCGGAGGAUUGGGGAGGUUGGGGUCCACUCAAGAUGGCAGCCCAGCUCAAAGUUCUCAACCUUCUGAAUUGUCGAUCUAUGAGAAGAACUCCUGAUUUGUUUGCUUUCAAAAGCUUAAGAGAUUUUUUUGCUGGAAGGAUGUUGGUAUCUACAAGAGAUUCAUCCUUCUAUUGGUGACAUCAAGACCCUCGUCUCCUUGAAUGUCAAGAGUUGUAAGAGAUUGGAGGAGCUACCGGUUGGAGUAGGUAGAAUGGAAGAAUUGAGUGAGCUUAUCUUAGAUCAUACUAAUAUAAAAGAGAUUCCUAUUUCGAGAGGUUGUUUGAUGAAGCUGGAGAAACUAAGUGCCUCAUCUUGUAGACGACUAGCUCAACUUCCAGAAUCCAUGGGCUCUCUUGUGUCGUUAACUCUGUUGGACAUAUCUGGGACACCGAUUGAAGGCUUACCUAAAUCCAUUUGUUCUUUGAAGGAGCUCAAGACUCUUGAUGCCUCUAAUUGUGCAUCCUUAGCCUGCAUACCCAGCUCCAUAGGCCACCUAGCAUCUUUGCAGUGCUUGUUAUUAUGGGGAUGCUCCUCGCUGAGAGAAAUUCCCGAUUCUAUCGGAAAGUUGGAAUCAUUGGCCGAACUACAUUUAACAAGGACAGCAGUUGCGGAAUUACCUAGAAGCAUUGGGAAUCUGCAGAACUUAAGGAUCUUGGACAUUUGUCGAAGUCACAUAACAGAAUUGCCUGGUGCCAUCGGAAUGUUGACGAAACUCCUAGAUUUGAGAGCUUUAGGAUGCAAAAAUCUGGAAGGACUACCUAAAAAUAUGGGCGAACUGGUUUCGCUAAACAAGCUUAAUUUAGAGAAGUCGGGCAUUACAAGCUUGCCAGAAAGCAUUUCUAAGCUGUCUUCUGUCCAAAACCUGAGUGUUCGAUAUUGCCAAAAGCUUCGAGGACUGUCAGAACUGCCCUUUGGCAUAACUGCUCUACG